CCCUCUCUUAUUGCGUCCAUUGCGACUUGGCAGCGUAUAAUACCGUGUAGUAACACGGGCAUAGUUAUCGCAGCUGCAUAAAGCAGACUCUACACUAUGCACUCUGUCGGCAAGGCGCUUCUGGGCUCGGCCCGCCGCGGCCAGAGGAACGCCCAGUUCCUGCAGGCCGUGCGCUACUACGCAGUCAAGGAUGUGCGCUUCGGCAUUGAGUGCCGCGACAAGGUGCUCGUUGGCGUGAACAAGCUUGCUGACGCAGUCCAGGUCACCCUCGGUCCCAAGGGCCGCAACGUCAUGAUUGAGCAGGCGUACGGCGGCCCUAAGAUCACCAAGGAUGGUGUCACUGUGGCCAAGGCCAUCGAGCUGAAGGAUAAGUUCGAGAACAUCGGUGCCUCCCUGGUGAAGCAGGUCGCUUCCGCCACCAACGACGUGGCUGGCGAUGGUACCACCUCCGCCACCGUGCUCACCCGCGCCAUCCUGGCUGAGGGCUGCAAGAGCGUGGCCGCCGGCAUGAACCCCAUGGACCUGCGCCGCGGCAUCAACAUGGCGGUGGACCACGUGGUGUCGGUGCUCAAGAGCCGCGCCAAGAUGAUCUCCACCACCGAGGAGAUCGCGCAGGUCGGCACCAUCUCCGCCAACGGUGAGCGCGAGAUCGGCGAGCUCAUCGCUCGCGCCAUGGAGAAGGUUGGCAAGGAGGGCGUCAUCACCGUCAACGACGGCAAGACGCUGGAGAACGAGCUGGAGGUGGUGGAGGGCAUGAAGUUUGACCGCGGCUACAUCUCGCCCUACUUUGUGACCGACCAGAAGACCAUGAAGGUGGAGCUGGAGAACCCGCUGGUGCUCAUCUGCGAGAAGCGCGUCAGCGGCCUGGCCUCCCUGUUGCCAGUGCUGGAGAAGGUGGUGCAGGUGCAGCGCCCGCUGCUGAUCAUCGCGGAGGAUGUGGAGAGCGAGGCGCUCGCCACCCUCAUCGUCAACAAGCUGCGUGCCGGCCUCAAGGUGUGCGCCGUGAAGGCCCCCGGCUUCGGAGACAACCGCAAGGCCAACCUGCAGGACCUGGCGGUGCUGACGGGCGGCGAGGUGAUCAGCGAGGAGCUGGGCCUCAAGAUGGAGAACGUGGACGUGCGCUCGCUGGGAUCGGCCAAGCGCAUCACCGUCACCAAGGACGACACCAUCAUCCUGCACGGCGCCGGCUCCAAGGAGGACAUCGCCGCGCGCUGCGAGACCAUCCGCAGCGCCAUGGAGGCCAGCUCCUCCGACUACGACCGUGAGAAGUUCCAGGAGCGUCUGGCCAAGCUGUCCGGCGGCGUUGCCGUGAUCAAGAUCGGCGGCGCCUCCGAGGUGGAGGUGGGCGAGAAGAAGGACCGCGUGGUGGAUGCGCUCAACGCAACCAAGGCCGCCGUGGAGGAGGGCAUCGUGCCGGGCGGCGGCUCCGCGCUGCUCCACGCCAGCAAGACGCUGGACGACGUCAAGGUCAAGCUGGACAACUUUGACCAGAAGAUCGGUGUGCAGAUCAUCCAGAACGCGCUGCGCGUGCCCAUGAAGACCAUUGCCAACAACGCGGGCGUGGAGGGCGCCGUGGUGGUGGGCAAGGUUUCCGAGUUCAGCGACCCCAACAUGGGCUACAACGCCGCCACCGGAGAGUACGUCGACAUGGUCAAGGCCGGUGUGAUCGACCCCCUCAAGGUGGUGCGCACCGCGCUGGUGGACGCCGCCUCCGUGUCCUCCCUCAUCACCACCUCCGAGUGCGUCAUUGUGGAGGCACCCAAGGAGGAGAAGGCCACCCCCGGCAUGCCCGCCCCCGACAUGUACUAAGCGGCUCGUCGCUUCUUUAGCUGCUUGACAGGGUGAUGCGCUGUAGCUGAAGAGCGUGCGGCUGCGGUGCCUCUCGUUGGUCUCUCGUCUCGUUGAGAGAGGGGCGCGCGGCGGGGUCGUCAUUCUCUCGUCUCGCCUCUUCUAGAGGGGGAGAAGAAGCACGAUCAGGGAGCCGGAAGAGGGUAUGGUGUUGCGGCUGAGCUGGAUUGAUGGGUGAGUUGAGGAUGGUGCAAGGUUAUUAGGCACUCUGCAGGUGCGCAGGUGCCUGGGUUGGGAGGUGCGGAUGUGGGUGUGAGGCCUGUGGUUGAAACCAGCGUGCGAGGUCGGUCGAGUGAGGGCGUCCGUGCUGCCGCCCGCUUAGCGCGGAGCAUGAGAGGGCCUCUGCUGGGCAGAAGUGGAGGGUUGGAUAGGGCCGUGUGCUGUUUUGGGUGAGGAGGAGGUGACGUGAAUUUCUGACUUGACGACUCGUCUCAAGGAGGGAAACGGAACCGCGGCGUGAGCCGUGCAGAGCGCGUUCAUUGUGCGUGUUUUGCUUGGUGUUUCGGCUUGUGUGGUGUGUCUCAUCAUGAGAGUAUAAGCCCGGUGGGUUUUGAGAGCAUGGCCCGGGCAUUGUUUGCUGUUGAUAACCCUAACCCGUGUGGGUGCGUAGUCGCGGACCCGACAUAUGGAGCUUGAUCCCUUGAGCCAUGACAGCGGCGGAAGGGAGGCAGUGCAUGCUGCAGGGCUCCUCUGUGCAAGCAGGCAGGAAGGCAAAACCACCAACACAGGAGAUUGCCUUUCCGUUUUGCUGCUUGCGCAAUUGUUUUCUUGGAUGUGUCGAAGUGCAGAAAGCGUGUGUCUUUGUGUUCAUGACCCAAUUGUCUUCUCUUGCGCAGCUCGACGGCGUUUUGGGAACCUUUUUCAGCGCCGGUUACGGCCGUUUACUGUCAUUGUCCGAAUUUCAGCCUGGCAAUGGAAGCGGCUAGCUACAUUUCAUUCGAUCUCAUUCUUGUUGGGCCUUAUGGACGCCUUCCCGGCUGUUUG